AUUACGUGUUCGGCAUUUACUAGUCGUACCUUCGUCACGUUCGAGUCCCUCGCGCUUAGGUCUUCCUGCUCGCCUCGGCUAUAUUGCAAUCGGGAGCCGCGGCAGCCGGAUUGAUCUCAGUGGCCAAUACCAACGAUCUGCUAUGUUCCUCGUCGAUUGGUUCUACGGCAUCCUCGCCUCGCUGGGGCUAUGGCAGAAGGAGGCCAAGAUUCUCUUCCUGGGUCUUGAUAACGCUGGGAAGACGACACUCCUCCACAUGCUGAAGGACGAGAGGUUGGUUCAGCAUCAACCGACACAGUACCCUACUUCGGAGGAGCUCAGCAUUGGAAAGAUUAAGUUCAAAGCGUUUGAUCUUGGAGGGCAUCAGAUUGCGCGUCGGGUGUGGAAGGAUUACUAUGCAAAGGUGGAUGCAGUGGUGUACCUGGUGGAUGCCUAUGACAAGGAGCGAUUUGCCGAGUCGAAGAAGGAGCUGGAUGCCCUGCUCUCUGAUGAUUCCCUGACUAAUGUUCCAUUCCUCAUCCUGGGAAACAAGAUUGAUAUACCUUCUGCAGCAUCAGAGGAGGAGCUUCGCUACUACCUGGGCCUGACCAACUUUACUACAGGCAAGGGCAAGGUCAACCUUUCUGAAUCCAAUGUCCGGCCUCUUGAAGUCUUCAUGUGCAGUAUUGUACGCAAGAUGGGCUAUGGUGAUGGCUUCAAGUGGCUUUCACAGUACAUCAAGUAAAUCAAAUCUUUCUAUUUACUCAGUGUUUGCAGCAAUGAACCUUUUUUUUUGUUUUGUUUUGUUUCAGAAUUCUGUUUGAUUUUGAUUCCUUAUGUCGAAAAGCAUUUAAUGGGUACCAUAUUUAAUAGAUGGGAUAAUAAUGGAAACAGUUUAAAGAUGGAUGUAAUUUGCAAAAGACAUUUUGGGAGGAAAUUUGGCUCAGGAUAUUACGACUUCAA